GGAACACGCUGCCGCCGCACUGGCCGCAGCCCAACGAGAAAGGGAAGUGAACCACAUCGCCAGCCUGAAUCUCAGCAUGCUCGAACGGGAACAACGACUCGCGGAACAGUGCGACAGUGCCGAUAAAAUCAAGCGGCACCAGCAGCAACAACUGGAACAGCUCCAACGGGAACAGCAACAGUUGCUGCAGCAACACCAUCAGCAGCGGGAACGAGAAAUGCGCGAACGAGAGCAGCUACUGCGGGAACGAGAACUGCAGGAAAAGCAACAGAAACUACAAUUAGAACAGCAACAAAGACAAGAACAACAGCAACGAGAGCAACUUAGUCCGGUGGGACGUCCCCAGCAGAACGGAUCGGAUCGUUUGAGCAGCGGUAGUGGUUCCGGACCGAUGGAUGUGACGACUGGCGGUGGUACCGGGGAGAAUCGGUCCGGAUCGGCUCAGGGUGGAGCUAGCAGUCCGGUGUCCCCGAUGGGUAUCAUGGGCAUGCAGUUUAAGCUCGUUAGCAGAGGAGACGCUUCCAAGGGCGACCAGCAGCUAGUGGUAUCGAUGGAGUUCAACGGUGUCCAGUACGAGGGAGUACUGUUUGCGAAUCCUUCCCCGACUGCCAGUGGUCACAGCGCAUCCUCCCCGGCUCGUUCCUCAUCUUCGCAGCUCACAUCACCCAAAAUGGCAUCAUCGAAACAGACCGGCAGCAACAGUACCAGCAGCACCAACACCAGCACCCUAACGAAUCCGGCCACCUCGCCGCUGGUGCUAACGACGACCGGAGCUGGGUCUGGGACCGUUGUCGGAUGUGGCAGCAGUAUCAGCAGCAGUAGUAGCAGCUCCGCCAGCAGUAGUUCAGCCAUUUCUCCGCUAGGGUCCUCUGCGAUUGUAUCACCGGCCAAAAUGAUGAGCGCAUCUUUGGCUUCGCCCGGUAGUAAUGUUUCCGCCGCUUUGGAGGAAUCUAUGGCUAGUGCAGUGGCGGCUGCCGCGGCAGCUGCCCUUUCCGGUUCCGGUUCACUGCCCUCGGUUGGACCGCGGCCGCUCGUUUCGUAAGACGAUUAGCUCUCAUUCUAGAAGUGGUUUACACGUGAAAUUCCGCGCUAAGUUUUAUUUCUUUAUGUUUAAGCUUAGGACUCUGCCCCUCUAUUCGGGAAUGUUCCGAAAGAAGGGGUGUCAUGCUCGCAAUUUUGAUACUUUUGUUUGUGCUCUCGAAUGAUGCAUUUUCACGCGCUUCUAGCAAUUUCCAUUUUUUUUAUCCAAUGUUUAAGCUCUUCACGAAAGCUUAACACAAUCUUUACACAAGUAGGAUGGCCUAGUAUAAAUUAUAUCACAUAAAAGUAACAGUACAGUUUAUGUAGGUGUAUGGCGCGCGCGCUAUGUUGAAUUGAUAGGUGUCGCCACCUACUAGAAGUGCUUUUCGCCGCUGGAGUGCUUUUAUCAUGUACGCUUUCGAGCGAAAAGCUUUCUCUUAGCGUAGCCAGCUAAAUACACUGAACUAAGGGCAACGAUCACUUUUGAACCAAAAAUUAUGUUUAGUUGUUUUCAUGCUGAUGUUAAAUGAAAGAAGAUAAGUUAAAACAAAUUAAUAAAAAAAAACAUUUUAUAGAUUCGAGCGUUUGCUACACGCAGAAAAGAUGUAAAUGUAGUGUGAGAUGCUUGUAGCAGGUAGUGAAAUUUUUAAUUUAUCUAAGAAAAUGUGACCUUUUUUGGUAGAAGAAUAGUACAGGAAAUCGAAUCAGAACAGUGUAAUUGUAAAACAGGUGAACAAUCGGAGACUGUAGGAAAAAUGCGAAUUUUCUUUUCUGUCAAAUACUUAAGAUUUGUUUUAAAUAUGUAUGUGUAGUUUUGAAAGGCUUAAUCCCCAUGAGUGGAAGAAUAAAAAAAACUAUUCUACUUAACAAAUAACUAAGCAUAAUGAACUUAGAGCCGAGAAAACUUAAACUUUUGUUACAAACUUAGAGAAUGCAAAAUAAAAUAAAGCAAGGCAAUUCAUUAAGAUCGCUUUCCAAUUAUUCUUAAAGCACAUAACAGGAGAAAUCUUCUCUACAACACAAACCAGGCAUUCGUAAUGUUGCCACCAGACAACGUUGCAUCUCUUAUCGAAUAUUUGAGCUAUCUCUCCAACAAGUUUAAUCUAACUUUUUUUGUUUCCUCUUUUUUUGUAAAAAACGCAUCUUUCUUGUCAAUAUUUAAAAUGAAAAAAAAAAACUCUUUCGUUUGUAAAGACGAAAUUUCUUGCAAUAUAAGUUAAGGUUAAAAAAUCACGUAUGGAAAACACAGAUGUUUGAAAAACAAUACAAAAACUGUUUAUAAAAACGAUACAAAGUUUUUCCCCUUUCAUACUCUUGGAGGCGUUAUCCAAGAAAACAAGUUGAUGAUAGGUGAACACUAUUUUUUUCUUUUUUUUUCCUGUUAAACUUAAGGGUUUUUAUUGAUUUUUUUUUAGUUUUAAAAAGCAAAACCAACUCACUUUUGGUGAGGUCUAAGUGAGUAACUAUUUAAACAUUAAACUAGCUGAACAAUGAUACAAACUUGAAAAAAAAACGAAUGCAAAAGCUUAAUACCUAUGCAUCGUAGAGCUAUUGAGCGAUUCGCGUUUAGAGUUAGAGUUGAAAAUAUGUAGCUUAAAAGACAUGACCGCGCUUGUAAACAUCAUCACAAUAAUCUGUAACUCCAUAUAUUUCGCUAGGAGACUCCCAUCUGCAAACAAAAAGAGUUGUACAACUGAAAAGGCAGUAAACUCGAAUUCAAAUGCGAACUGGACACAAACUUCGACUGGUGGACACUUAAAAUAUUUCCAUUUGAAUAGCCCUACACAGCAACAUGCAACAUGAAGAUCUUAUUUUUUAAAUGUGGAACAAACAAAUCGAUCAACAGUAAUAUAGAAAUGUUUUAAAAUUAUGAUA